AUGCAACGUGAUACUAACGCAAACGUAACCACUGGUGGAACUCUCCACAACAUUAAGGAGAAGAUUCAACACCCUUUCAGACACGAUACUGAUAGUAACAUUACAUUCCCAACCCAUGAGCAAAAGAAGCAAUUCGAAAAUCAGCCAACUGUCGGUGCAGGUCUUGGUGCUAGUGAUGUAAAAGGAACCAGCACUGUUACAAGUUCUACUUUGAGUGGCACCACUGUUCCUCCUUCCUCAGGCUUAACAACAGGUACCUCCACACUUGGAACCAAUAUUCCAAGAGAGAGUGAGUAUGAUGUGAAUAAGAAGUGGUAA